CCCUGCGGGUCCACGACGCCGGGGGGCGUGCCCUGCGGCCCCACGAAGCCGGGACGUACGCUGCGGCACCAUGAUGGUGAGAGGAGCAGCACCCCCCCAAUAGGUGCCCGGAAAUCGGAUCUGUGGGGACGCCGACCUCGUGCAGACGGAGCCGGAACGUCACUAAACUUGAUCGCUUCGUUAUGGAAUGCAUCGUUUGGUAAUUUAUCUUAAACAAUUUCUGUGACUGUUUUCUACUGUUUGGACAAGAGAACUUCUUUCAGGAAAUGCACGUAUACUUUCAACCAUUUGGGAAAAAACCAUGAGCUUCAAAUGAUGGACAAGCCGAGGGGAUUUGUGGGUCAACGAAACCGUGAAAAUUGCCUCCAGCUCUGAGGACGCCAGGACUCUGUCUCAGGAGAGGUGUGCGCUCUCAACACUGGCGAAUGCGAGACAACGUCCCCUCACCCCUCCAGCCAAUGCAGCGGUAUGUGGCCGUGCGCUCCGUGGGCCUCGGGGCCAUCUUGUCGCCGGACCAGAGGCGACUGUUUGCCCGGAAACGGCCGUCAGAAUUUUCUACCUGAGUGUUCUGCCCCAGUGGGCCGCACAGCACCCACCUGACCAAGAUAGUACGUCUAGUGCGAGGUGGAGAACGUAAGCGUUUUCUAAUAUUUCACAAAAAUCCGAACGCCAGAUUUUUCUCAUUCUCGUCAACCACUCCUUGUUCCCUUCCCCCCAGAAGGUGUUCGGGAACAGUUUAAGACGUCAAGGGAAGUGUUACGUGUUAGGUUUGCUCUCCGUCAGCCAAAUACAUUGUCUCGUAAGCUGGUCAAGACAGGAAAGGACGACCUGGAAUUUGAUCUUGGGGGCGUCUGAUGGUGGAGGCAUCUAGGAAGAGAGGGAGAGAACAGGAGGGACACGUGGUAAAGGCCCACGGUAAAGGCUCCGAGUUCCGGCACAGUCGGGAGCCUCCGAUGGCCGACAGUGCCCGCAGAUGAGGCCGCUACCCAAAUAGCCCAGUAUCGUGUGCCUGUGCUUAUCCCUGUCCUGCGGGUUUCAGGUCCUUACGUGGCUGUGGGAUUAUUCGAGUAAGCCCACCACAGCCUCUUGGGGGGGGGGGUGGAGAGCCAUAAUUCUGGAAGCUGGAAGUCCAAGACCUGGUGCCAGCAGACUGGUGUCCUCGCGCCUGGGUGCCAGCAGACAGGUGCCUGGAGAGAGCACGUCCCGGUUCACGGAUGCCACCAGCCCUCUCUGCCCUCACGAGGCAGAAGGGGCGAGGGGGCCCUGUGGGGUCUCUGUUAUCAGGGUACUUACUGAUCCCCGUCAUAGAGGCUCCACCCUCGGGACCUAGUCACCUCCCGAGGCCAUCCUUGGGGGUUAGGCACCGUUCAUCCUUGGUGAAUCUGGGGGGGCACCAACUUCAGUCUGUAGCAGCCCCCCACCCACUGCACCCCUCCCAGCCCAGAGAGGCUGAGCUGUCUGCCGCUGGCCACCGGCAGGCGUCAGAAGGAGGACGGGGAGGGUCACGGGGUCCCCUCCCUCGCUGCUCGGCGGCUUGCUGAUCUGGAGUCGCAGCCCCGUCGGGGGCCCUCUCCCCCGAGCACCUUCCUCCGGCUGGCUGACCGCGCUCUUCGGCUGGCCUGCUGGGCCCCACACCUGCAUGCUGGGCCCCCGCACGCUGCUCCGUCAACGUCUGUUGACUGUGUUCGCUUUGAGUCAGUCUGACCUGGUUUUCGCUUCCCUACUGGUUUUAAGGAGGUCUGAGCCGCCUUCUCCCCUCCGGGAGGUGGAGGUCACGUUUUGAGCAAACCUGGAAGCAGAGGUGGAGAAGGUCUGAUCUGCCGUGACUCCGGACUCACUGCUCCGCGUGGGGCGGACUCCACUUCCGGAACACCUGGCGGUGUGCCUGGCGGGUGGCUUGGGCAGUCUGCUUCCCGCGGCCCUGACGCACCUUUGAAGUUUCCUGUCCUUUGGGCAGCUGCACCAGCAGGGCCCCCCGACCCUCCCCCUCCUCCUCUUCCCCGGGGGGAGACCUGCUGGCCUUUCAAGACGGGCCAGGCCUCCCUUGCUUUGGGGAGUGGGGCCUGUCCCUGGCCGGCAUCGGAGCGGGUCUGCGGGUUGUGUCUUCACCCUCGAGGGGGCUGACGGAAGCCUCGCUGGGGCCUGAUCGUGGCAGGAUGUGCGCGCUCCUGUGCGUGUCACUGUCGUCCCGUGGUCCCCAUCCCAACACGGGAAGUGUCUGACGUGGCACGUGGGCCCACCCGGCCCUUAAAGUCCGGUAGACGUUUUGGGGGGGGUGUGGCCGGAGCGUCACGACUUCCAGAGGGAAGAGCGUGACCGGCUAAGUAAUUACCGCCAGCCCGCCGCGCACCAAACGGCCAGAGGGCGGAAGUGUUGAUUCUUGUUUGAAUUUGGAAGCACCUGAGACCCUUGCACGCCCCACCGGCGGGAGACCCGUCAGCCUGGCCGCUGAGGCGCUGAGGGUCUGGGGCUUCGCGCGGCCGUCCCCUGACCUGCUGCCCGGCGAGCCCGCAUCUUUAGCUGCUAGUAUUGCUGCCGUGAAAUUCCUCUUGGCUUCACGUCUCUGCAUAAAUAAUUUAAAUGACUUUCAUCAUCAAGACCUGCCUGUUACUGUGCAGUUUACAAAGAUUCAUCUACCUCCUUAGAAUUUAGAUCAGCAUGGAGCACAGUAGAAUGUUCCUUUAGACUAAGCAGGGACCUAAUUUUAGCCAGAAAAAAAAAAAACAGUGAACUGCGUGUAAGAUGGUUUCCGAGAAUUCCCGGCUUCUGGCGGCCACUUAAAAAGUGCCAGAAAAGAGGGAACUUUUAAAUAAAGGAUUACAGGCAGCCUGUGAGCGGCUUCUGCUGCUACAGAAUUACCACAGACUCAGCGGCUUAAAGAUACAGGCGCAUCAGCGGACCAUCCCGCGGACGGGAAGUCUGAGCCCUGGGAGUAGUCUGAGCCCUGGGAGCAGGGCUAAGGUCAAGGUGCCGACCGUGCCGCGUCCUUGUCCUUCCUCCCCGAGCUCUCGGGGAGAUCUACCUCCUUGGCUCCACCCCCUCAGCCCCCCGCCUAUCCUCCGCCUUCCAAGCCAGUUGUGGACAGCUUCCAGCCUCCUCCCACGGGGCUCUGGCCUCCUCCCAUGGCGCUGUGGCCUCCUCCCAUGGUGCUCUGGCCUCCUCCCACAGGGCUCUGGCCUCUGGCCGUCCUGGGAGGCCCCCUGACCUGCCAUGAGGUUACUCUUGUGUCCACCUGUGUGAGCACAGACAAGCCCAGACAGCUGGGCAGCGUGACGUCGGGGUGCGUCUGUGAGCGUCUUCCCGAAAGAGAUUAAUGUUGGAUUCCGUCACUGAGCAAAGACCAGCCCCCUCCCUGGUGUACGUGGGCCCCAUCCACCCUGCGGAGGGGCCGCUGUUGGCUCUUUCCCGCAGGAUGCCCGGUUUGUCCUGCCCACGGGCAUCGGUCCCCUGGGCCUCAGGCCUUUGGGUUUGGACCGGGACCAGCCCCCAGCUCUCCGGGGCCUCCAGCUUACAGACGGCACACGGUGGGACUUCUCAGCCUCAAAGUCCACGAGGCAAUCCUCACGAGAACCGUCUUUCUGUAUAUCCACGUAUGUCCCACUGGCUCUGUGUCUGCGGGGACCCCCGGCUACUAUACUCUUCCUGCGUCAGACCUACCCAGACGGCCCGAGGUCACCUCCCGUCUCUAGAUCCCCAGUUUAAUCACAUCCGAAAGGUCCCUUUUGACGUGCAAGGACAUGUUCACAGGUUCUGGGCCCGGGACUGGAUGCCUUUGGGAGGCCGACAUCCUACAGACCACAGACACAGGCUCCAGACCCCCCGGGACCAGCGGGGAACUGAGGGGGACCACGGAGAAGCCUUUCCUGUAGUGGGAACCGAGGUCAGCAGGAGGGAGCGCAGUGAGCAAGCCGGCUCAGGUGCCCCUGGGCUGAUGCCCACACAGCCGGGUUCCUUCACGAGGGUCAUUUCUGCAGAAGCGCCAGCAGGCCUCUGUGACGGUCGCUCUGUCCCUUUGUCUCCAUGUCCACGAGGGGAACUUGCAGCCACGGCCGCUUCACGCCGUGGGCUGCGUGGCAGCACCCGGCCUUCAAGGAGAGAGCUGGUCCUGGGAAACACCAGGCACAGAGAGUGGGCACUUUACAAGCCACGCACACGUGUGAUCCUGGUGCAGAGGAACCCCAGGGCCCCCUGCUCUGGUGCCUGGUGGUGUACUCUCCAGGAAGAAGCUUCCAGAAGGCUGCCUGACAGAGGCAUUGGCCGGCCUUGCUCUGGUGCUGCCGUGGCUCCUGGGAGACGCGGUCCUGAAGGAUGGGGCCGUGCGUGUCCCCUGUGCUGGGUGCCCGAUGCGCUCCGUCCACACGUGGCAAGUUGGCGCGAGGCUCCUGGUCUUGCACCAAGGGUGUCGUGUCUUGACAGAGCAGAGCGGGUUUGGGUUCGAGACGUCUGGGCAGCGUUCGGGAGCUGCUGUUUGGGAGCCAGGGCCCCAACAGUCCUGCGCCUGUGAGCGCAGAGUGAUGCUGUCCAGCCACGGGUGUCCAGCCGCUGUCUGUCUUACGUCCGUGACCAUCAUUCGAGCUACGGGGAUCGGCACUUGUCUUGCCAGUCUGUAGCCCAGAGAACUUCGCUGAUGCGCCCGUUUGCUUGGUUCUAUGUUUCCAGACUGUUUCCCAUCAAGCAAAGUUCCUUUCAGGCCCUGGGGCCUCUUACCUGGGAGCCCAGGUGACUCCUCCUCUUCUCUGCCAUCGUCAGGGACGGAAGACACCCGGGAGACUGGUCCUUCUGUUUAUGUCUAGAGCUCUUCACUGGCUCCACGGGGCUGGGGGACCGUGACAGACGGCGGCGUGAAGACCCGGGGCCUUUCGAGGAAGGUCCUGUUCCCAGAUAUGGGAGUGUGGACGUCGACGGGCCCUCCGCUCUGGGACCUGCCUAGGCCAUGUGCUUUCCGGGUGGGCUGGCCAGUGUGGCCCGGAUCCGGAUGACUGCCCGCCACAUCGGCUCCUGGGGGCCUGGCCGUGGCCACUGUUUGGGUCACUGUGUCGGCUCCAGUGCCCGAAGUUGUUCCCUCCCUCCCCACAAGCUCCCAACACCGUCCUGCCCCCCAGACGCCGUCCCAGCCUGCUUCCCGGGGAGCCCGGCCUACAGCAGGUAACAAGUGUCCCUGGGCGGCCGCGGUGCUGGGAACUUGAACCUCCCUCCGCCCCUGCCGCUCGCCAUUUUGCACGUCAUCCCAUCGACUGCACCAACCUGAGGAAAUAUCACCGUCCUUGUUUCAUGAUGAGAAGCUGGAGUUCAGGAGCUGGCACAGGCCACACGGAGGGCCAUAGGGCACAGGGGGGACCUUGCCCUCAGGCACCGGUCAGCGGGCCCUCCCCUGCCUCUCUGUGACGACUUCACUCCCCCGUCUGCCCCUGAUUGCACGCCUCCCGCCUUGCCCCUUGCCCCUUCUCCCUGGGGACCCACCCACACCCAAGACCUCCGUGGACACCCUGCACUGAGCAUUCCCAACCUGUCUGCCGUCCCGACCCCCUUGUGCGCCUCCCCGGCCCGCUCUGUGAGAUGAUUCCAGAUGCAGAAAACCCGGACGCCAGCUGCGUGCCCCUGUCCUGGCCUUGUGGCCGACCACCGUCCACGUCCCGGCUUCCUCAGCGUGGCUGCUGUGCGCUGCAGUCCCGCGUGGAGGCGGGAGGCUUCUGAAGCCGGGAACCGAUUUUUGAGCGAUCUGUGUCCUUUUCAUCAUUCUCUGCCUCAGGUCACUUUUUUAAAAGUCAUGAUCGUGCUGCUGCAAUGAAGUCUUUUCUGUUUCCAAACACUGGCCGAGGGCUCAGCUCAGCAGGACAUAGCUUAUGUCGUGUUAUCACGUUACGUUAUGUUGCGUUAUGUCAUGUCUUCGUGUUACGUUAUUACGUUACGUUAUUGUUACGUUAUUACGUUACGUUAUGUUGUUAUGUUACGCCAUGUCAGGUCAUCGUGUUACGUUAUCACGUUACGUUAUGUUGUUACGUUAUGUUAUGUUAAUUUUUAAGGACACAGUUUAUUGAAACAGCAGCAGGUGGGCCACACAGACUGGAGAGCUAGGGCCUUUUCGGGGCUGAUCCAGGGAAGGAGCCGGGUGUGGGAAGAGCAGGGGGAGAGCAGCCACUGGGGGUGGGCAGUGGUCCUGGCGGGAUUGGGAGGCCAUCGGGCACGUGGUCUGGAGCCGGCCUCUCCCGCAAGUGAGGGGCUGGGCUGUUCACCUGACUGCCGCCACCGGCGUUGGUUGAGGGCGGCUCUGGGGUUUUCAGCUCUGGCGCGUCUGGUCCCCGGGGCAGAGACGCAGGGACCCCCUGCGUGGCAGGUGCUCACGGUCGCCGCCGCAAGGCCACGGUCUCGCGGAGAUCCAAGACCUCAAGCUCGCCUUUCCACGUUGGAAAUUUAACUCAGGGCAAUCGUUUCCUUCAAAAUUUUAAUAGCUUAAGUAUGUUGCACCUAUGGGUCUUGAUGAAGUUGGGAAUAAUUCUCCAUAAUUAAGACUCUAAUAACCGCUACUUCAUGGAAAUGAUACUUCAGAACAACAAACAAACAGACAUAAAGGUGUGACAGUUACAGUGUAACCAGGAGGCUCACCGGGUUGGCUGUGCUGCAUAGACGCCCAUGAGAUUCGCGGUGCUGCGCUGUCCCCACCGUCCCAGGCUCGCGGCCUCCCUCCUGCUCUCCAAGGGCAAAGUGCAGACUGUGGCCUGGACACUCGUGAUAAUGGCUGAGUGGCCACCUCUGUAAGCGACAGCAGUCCAUUGCUUGGGUCUGUCUGUCCUGCCUCUCUCACCGCCUGCCUGUGCCCCCCUUGAAACCGUCUGCACCCCAGGCCCUGCCCCCGACCGUGGUUUGGCAGGAGCCCCACCGAGACAGACCGGUCCAGAUAUGAGUGUGAGGGAGCCUCGCGGGGAUGCCGCUCAGCCCUUUCCUCCAGGCGUCUGAGGGGUCUGUCCCCUGGAGCGCCAACCUUAUAACCGCCCGGGGGGCCGCUCUUC